CCUCUUGCACGGGCAGCUUAUCUGGCUGAUGCCGGUGAUUCGUCCAGCCUCUCGAGAGCUUUAACAGUGCCGCCACUGGCCUCUUCCGUCCGAACCGGCUCACCGCGGCGCCGCGCAUCCGCUAUCCCGCAACUGGCCAGGCUCUAUAAAGCAGGACAUACAAGGACCUACUCUACAUACAUAACUACUAAGGCUCCGGCUCUUGUCCAUCCAUCAAUUGUCGUUUCUCUAUCUGCUAUUUGAUUAUAAUCUGCUACGCUGUAUCUUCUGCUAGUUGAGAGAGCUAACGAUCGCCGAGCUGCUGACUGACGAACGGGUGACGCUCCUCCUUACCUGUCGAUCAAUCCACGACGAUACAAACGGCAGAGACGUACAGAAGCAAGCAUAGUCGUACGCUGCUCGUCUAUUAUAGACCGGACCAGGACGUGGUGUGCGUUUUUGGCGCGUAUCCUCGGCUACAUCUUUCUCUGACUGCCGGCCGGUUUGGCUUCUACUGAGGCGCUGUCUCUCGCUGGCCGUUCGACUGUCGAAUCGUCAGCCUUCAUUCGUCACUCUUUAUCCCCUCCCCCCCUUCGAAUACCGAGAUGCUGCAAUGACGGCCCUGCUCAGGUCCACGAGGCAGCUCCGGCCGUUUGCCAUUCGAGCCCCGGCGUUUCUGCAGCCCCAGCGCCGGUGCUUCACCUCUGACAAGGCGCACGAUGUUUCCGACUCCGACAUCCAGUCUCUCGCCAGCCUGCCCCAGCAUCCCUUGCGGCUGGCAGAUCUUGUAAGACAAGGCAGACCGCCGCUUUCCGAGAGAUCGCUCCUCGCAUCAGCCAACUUCACCCUCUCCCUUAUCCCGAUCCGCCUCGCACGCCGCCUGCAGGCCCUUCAGAACCUCCCGUACAUUGUCGUCUCCAACCCAAACAUCUCCCAAAUCUACAACAACUACCUACACUCCCUCUCCAUACUUCUCCCCUACUGGCAGGCCGCCUCCAGAGGCCGGGCCAUUACCACACUCGACGACGAGAUCAAGUUCACCAAUGUGCUCGCCGAGCUGGUCGCCACCCAUACCGACACCAUCCCCAUCCUUGCCAAGGGCUUCCUCGAAUGUCGGAAAUACAUCUCGCCCGCGGAGGUGACGCGCUUCCUGGACGAGCAUCUGCGCGCCCGCAUCGGCACCCGCCUCAUUUCGGAGCAGCACAUUGCCCUGCACUUUAGCAGCCAGCCGCACUUCGACCCCGGCGCCAGUCCCACGCCAUGCCCCGAGCAUCCCACAUACAUUGGCGUCAUUGACACGGCAUUGAAGCCUUCGUUGACGAUUGAGUCCUGUGCGGGCUUUGUGGCGGACAUUUGCGAGCUGCGGUACGGCAUCCGGCCAAAACUAAUCAUCAAUGGCGAGCCGGAGACGACGUUUGCCUUCUUGCCUAUGCAUCUAGAAUACAUCAUCACAGAGCUCCUCAAGAAUGCGUUCCGGGCGUCCAUCGAGAGCAAGACGAGCGAACCGAUUGUCGUUACAAUCGCACCCGAGCCGCCGCUGAAGCACCAGCCCGGCGAAUUGCCAGACAUCAAGCCACCGGCAGAAGAUCUCGGGCCCUUUAAGAGCGACGCCAUCAAGCCCCUGGAUGAUAAUGCUCCGGGCGUGACGAUCCGCAUCCGAGACCGCGGCGGCGGCAUCCCGCCGGACGUCCUCCCCAACAUCUGGUCCUACUCCUUCACCACCUUUUCCGAGGACGACGACAUCCCCGACUCGGGCGGGCACGACGGGCUGAGUGCGAUUGCCACCGCCAGCACGGGCGGCAGCUCCAUUGCCGGCCUGGGAUACGGUCUGCCGCUGAGCAGGGCUUAUGCCGAGUACUUUGGCGGCGGCAUCAAUGUCCAGAGCCUGUAUGGAUGGGGAACGGACGUGUAUCUUCGCCUAAAGGGUGUUGGAAACGUUGAAAAGAAGUGAGGCGAGGAAGAAGAAUACAUGAAGCGAGGGCCAUUGGGGGGCGUGGCGAAAAGCGUACUAUAACUUGCCUACAUGUGUUUUUUUUUUUCCCUUCACUCCUUGAAGGCUGUCGGUUUUUGGCUACAGCGGGAGAAGAAGGCGAUCGGUGAAUAGGAAGGCUGCGUUGCCUCAAGUUUGGCUUACAGGCUUGAUGGUGUAUCUAUAAUUGUUUGAUAGAAGCGGG